CACCACUCAAAAAACAUGUACAUGUAUAGAGAGAGAGAGAAAGAGAUUGUUGCAUUCACAUAAUUCCAAUCAAGUCCUCCUCCUUUCUUUCUUCUUAUCCAAUAACCCGUUUUUGGGGCUUCGGUUACCCAUUUUUUGGGGUGGGUAUGGUUCUGGUGAGGAAGAAAGAAGGAUUUGGAUCCGUUUAAGGUCGUGAAAGUGGUACUUUUUCGAGGUUGAGUUCCGAAGACAUGUUGGAAGACCGGUCCUAUUUGGUUUCAAGGGGAUAUCCUAGGACCUGUGAGCGCGAAAGCAAUUGGGCUUGCAUGAAUUACAUGCUAGAAAAGAUUGAAGUUAGGGGUGGCAAGAGGCCAUUAGAUAAUGAAGGGGGUGAAGAAAUUGGUAGUAGGAAGUUGCCUAAACAAUUAGAUGCUCGUGAAGGAGUGGAAUCUUCAUUGGAAUUUUAUGACAAGUUGAUGGCCCCGACAGACCAAUCCGGUAAUCGGCGACAUGCUGGUGAUAAUUCUGAUUCAAGUUCUCUUAUCCAUGCCAUUGGUCGGGACAAUUCAAUUAGCUGUCUCAUUCGUUGCUCAAGGUCUGAUUAUGGGGCCAUUGCAUCUUUGAAUCGGAACUUCCGUUCACUCAUUAGUGGUGGUGAGCUCUAUAGACUAAGGCGGCAAAAUGAGGUGAUUGAACAUUGGGUUUAUUUUUCUUGCCACCUGCUUGAAUGGGAAGCAUUUGAUCCCACACGUCGCCGUUGGAUGCGUCUACCAACAAUGACAUCCAAUGAGUGCUUCGUGUUUUCGGAUAAGGAGUCUUUGGCUGUUGGCACCGAGCUUCUUGUUUUUGGAAAAGAAGUGCUGUCACAUGUCAUCUACCGAUACAGUUUAUUGACAAACACCUGGUCAUCUGGGAUGAGGAUGAAAACGCCAAGAUGUUUGUUUGGGUCUGCCAGUCUUGGGGAGAUUGCAAUUUUAGCUGGUGGUUGUGAUUCACAGGGCAAAAUCCUCAGCUCAGCAGAGCUUUAUAAUUCCGAGAGUGGAACUUGGGAGACACUCCCAGAUAUGAAAAAACCACGGAAGAUGUGUUCUGGGGUAUUCAUGAAUAAAAAAUUUUAUGUGAUUGGAGGGAUUGGAGGAACUGAGUCAAAACUUCUCACAUGCGGGGAAGAGUAUAAUUUGCAAACUAGGACUUGGACAGAUAUCCCUGACAUGUCCCCUGUGCGCACUGGUGCAGCCAGAGAAGUUGACACGCCUGCUACAUCUGAGGCACCACCUCUGGUUGCAGUUGUAAAUAAUGAGUUAUAUGCAGCUGAUUAUGCUGAUAUGGAGGUCAGGAAGUAUGACAAAGAUGCGAGGGUGUGGAUCACUGUGGGGAGGUUGCCCGAACGUGCUGUUUCUAUGAAUGGUUGGGGUUUGGCAUUUCGGGCAUGUGGAGACCGGCUUAUUGUUAUUGGCGGACCUAGAGCUAUGGGUGAAGGGUUUAUAGAAGUUAAUUCAUGGGUCCCGACUGAAGGCCCACCCCAGUGGAACUUGCUUGGCCGGAAGCAAUCCGGUAGCUUUGUUUAUAAUUGUGCUGUGAUGGGAUGCUGA